CGACAAGAUGAAGCUCAUGUCGAGGCCGAGUCUCCCCCAGCUUGUGGUUGCUGACGCAUUACGAAAGAUGAGCUUUAGCCAGAUCCAGGAACAAUCACCCCCAGAGGUCGAGAAGGAGGUUGCUGAAUUGACACGACCGGAGGAUGAACUCUUUCCGAACGGCUUGGACAGCAUCAGUGAAAAGGUACGUUUAUCUAUCAAGUUGCUCAAGUAUUGGCAGGAGCAUAGUAGUCGAUAUGAACUUCCGGACACAAUUCCGGACUGGCUCAAGGUUGCUGUCGCCGCUGGUUUUCUGGUGACCGGUGUAGCUUUUGCAGUCUAUUUUUCUCAGCAACGGUUUUACCAUCCGAGGGAAUGAGUGUCUGAAGCUAGAUGGUCAGGGGCUUGCAGAUUGAGCUCAAAGAAUUGCUUUGUUCAGAUUCCUGGCAAACCAAGUGAUACUUCUUAUGUCCAGCUUCCUAUGUCCAGCUGCAAAUUUAGUCGCUAUCCCUGGUGCCAACCACGUCCAUGGAGCGCCCAAGGCAAUGAAGCAUUAAUCAAGGCUUCUUUAUCUGCUAGACCUGGUCGGAGGAGGUUUGGCCUGGUAGAGGCGGAAGAGGAUGGGCCUAAACGAAGAGUUAAUAGCGGUGGUAGUGUUCCUUCUGGUCUCUAUGGGAUGCUCUGAUCUAGACUCGGAUAGGGAGGCUCUUUUGAGUUUUAAAGAGAAGGCAGAUUUAAAGCAGACUCUCGGAUCGAGUUGGACGGGCAAUAAUCCCUGUACUGACAACUGGGAUGGUGUAAUCUGCAACUCAGAUAAUCGCGUAGUUAAACUCAGGCUUGAGAACCGCAGGUUUCCAGGUGUUUUAGAGAACGGUUUAGGCCAGUUGACGGAGUUGAAAGUUCUAAGCUUGAAGGGAAAUAACUUGACGGGCAGAAUUCCAUCGGACUUAUCCAGGUGUAGGAGAUUACAGAAGCUGUAUCUCAACUCCAAUCGACUUGAAGGAUCGAUUCCGGAAGCUCUUCUCACGCUGCAAGAUCUCGACAGGGUGGACGUCUCCAACAAUCAUCUGAGUGGAUCUAUCCCAGCAGCGAUAGGUGGUUUGCGGAAGCUGCUCACAUUGCGUCUAGAGAUGAAUUCCCUGACUGGCGGAGUUCCCGACGUGUCCAACAUACCAAACUUGACAGACUUCAAUGUUUCCUGGAACAACUUGAGCGGUCCUGUUCCCAGCGCUAUGGCAAGUAGAUAUCCGACAGCAUACGUUGGGAACUCAGCUCUCUGUGGACCCCCGAGCUUCGCUCCUUGUCCUCCAAAGUCCAGGACGCAAAAACCUUCUCAGCAGAUUAUUGUCAUCAUUGCCGUUGCGGUCAUCGGUGCGUUUGUCCUCAGUUUUUCGGCCUUAUUUUUCGGCUACAGAUACCUCCGUGCAUCGUCCAAAGACGUUGAUAAGUCCGACACAGCAACAACAGGAACCGAGAAGAAAGAGAUGGCAUCCGGCGACAUUGUCUUUGUCACAAGGGAUGCUGGCAAGUUUCAGCUCGCGGACCUCCUCCAAGCUUCUGCAGAGCUGCUUGGCAAGGGAAGCCUCGGGAGCACUUACAAAGCCCUCUGUACUGGAGGCUUCGUAGCAGUGAAGAGGCUAGUGGACCGGACGGGAUGCAGCAAGAAGGUGUUCGAGAGGAGAAUGGGAAUUGUCGGCCGAAUGACGCAUACGAAUCUCCUGCGGCUGAGAGCUUUUUAUUUUUAUGCCAGGAUCGAGAAGCUGCUGGUAUACGACUACAUGCCAAAGAGAAGCUUGCACAACGUCUUGCAUGGUAACAGUCCGGGAACUCCGUCCAGGCUUUCGUGGUCCAAACGCCUCAAGAUCUCUCUAGGCGUUGCAAGAUGUUUAAAGUUCCUGCACCACCAGUGCAAGCUCCCGCAUGGCAACAUCAAGUCGUCCAAUGUUCUUCUCACCGAGAGGUACGAGGCUCGAGUUUCCGACUUUGGCCUGUUACCCUUCGUUCCUAGCGAUCAAGCGCUGGAGAAGAACGGCUACAGAGCUCCCGAGUGCCAGACUGCCUCGGACAUAUCAAGAAAGGCAGACGUCUUCAGCUUCGGGGUCAUCCUGCUAGAGCUGCUCACUGGAAAGCUCCCGGCGGAAGAAGAAUCUAGCGGUGGAGACCAGGCUGGGAACUCAUCGAAGAUGGAUCUUCCGAGCUGGGCGAUAGCAACCGUGAACGACGAGUGGACGUCGGCAGUGUUUGACAACGCCAUCGAGGUUUCCAAGCAAGAACAGAUGAACGGGCUGCUCAAAGUCGCCAUGGCCUGCGUAACUCGAGCAGCCGAGGAGAGGCCCAAGAUGAUCCAAGUCGUGCAGAUGAUUGAAGAAGUGGAGGCAAUAGAGGUCAGUCCAGACUUGAGCUACAUUUAAUUCUUCGUCUGGAUCCAGAGAACACCUUGUUCUUUCUUUUUUCUUCUACCUUUUUUCUUUGGUUCUAGCA